AUGUGCGUCCCGACAUCAUUCAAUUUCUUCAGCGAUUUGCCAAAGAAGCUACGUCUCAAAGUCUGGAAAGCCGCCCUUCUAGCCGAGAAAGGUCGGCUCGUGGCCGCGGCGCCCCAUCGCGACGACUUCUCCUGCCGAGGCGGCGAACUCCCCGCCGUCGCGGCCGUCAAUCGCGAGAGCCGAGGGGAGUUCCUGCGGUUCCACGUCCCCCUACCUAACGCGGAAUGCCCAGAACGCGUGUACUUCAACCCGCGCGUCGACGGCCUCGUCCUCGGGACCGUCAUCGAGCACGAGCCUGGCACCGACUACGCCGCCCUGUCGCCGAUGGAGCUGGACAACCACGUCCUCGGGUACGCGGUCGACGCGCCUCCCUUGACCCGGGCGGCUCGCGAGCAGGUUCGAGACGUGCGGCUCCACGACUUCGACUUCGCCUGUCGUGUGAGACGUGGCAUCCGGGACGGUGACCCGAGAGUCGACGUCGGCCCCCCCGAGGCGUCCGGCAUUGUUCGGAUGCCCCGUCUCCGCUUCCCGAACCUGUCGAGCGUCUGGAUCGCCAACCUGUUCACCUACGACCCGGGGUUUCAGGUCCUCGCCAGCAACGGCGCCCUCGGGCCCGUCGCCUUCACGGACCUCCACGUCGGCCUGAACUACCGCCACUCGCCGUCGUCCGGCAGGACCAGCUUCGCCCGGUAUCCCAUGCGUGACGCCGACAUCUCGGAGGGCUGUCGGUCCGUCCGCAUAUCGCCGGACCUGGUGGGAACGCCGCCGCACUUCUUUAUCCGGAUCGACCUGCGGGACGACAACGGCGAUGACGACGACGUCGAAAAUGAGUCUGUGCCCGACGGCUGGGCGCUCCUCGACUCGAGGUCGGGCGAUAGUACCGAAGACCUUCGCUUGUGGAACACGGCGGUCAAGUAUGUCGCUCUGCGUUUGAAGGAGGAUGAGUAA